UCGAUUAAUGGCACACAUCAUUAAGUCAUUGGUCUGGCUACAAAAGCAGUCACUCCACGGAGACUGCUCUGCUUUCCAUCACUGAAGCCUUACGACUUGUAAGAGCAACCUCUAGAUCAUCUGUCCUCAUCCUACUUGACCUCUUUGCUGCUUCAGACACUGUGACCCAUCAGAUCCUCCUGUCAGCUCUCUCCAGCCUAGACAUCAACGGAACGGUUCUGCGCUGGGUGGAAUCCUAUCUCUCAGACAGAUCCUUCAAGAUUGAUGAUCCAUCUGCUUCUGCACGUAUCUCAGCUUGCCUGUCGAACAUCUCGGGCUGGAUGAGGGAAUACCAUCUUAAGCUCAACUUGGCAAAAUCUGAGCUUCUCGUCAUCCCAGCUUGUCCCUCAAUCAACCACAACCUCACUGUACAGCUCGGCUCAACCACACUCAAGCUAACCAGAAUGGCCAGGAACCUUGGGGUGAUUCUCGAUGACAGCUUGACUUUUACAGACCACAUCUCAACAACUGCACGGUCCUGUAGGUUCAUCCUGUACAACAUCAAGAAAAUCAGACCCUCUCUCACCGGACAGGCUACACAGAUACUAGUCCAGGCUCUUGUCAUAUCAAAACUGGACUACUGCAACGCUCUACUCUCGGGCCUCCCGGCCAGCUCCAUCAGACCCCUUCAAAUGAUUCAGAAUGCUGCAGCACGCCUCAUCUUCAACCAGCCCAAGAGAACCCACGUCACACUCCUCUUCAUCUCCCUCCGCUGGCUUCCUGUAGCCACCCAGAUAAAAUUUAAGGCCUUGACGCUCACAUACAAGACCUUGUCUGGAACAGCACCCCCCUACCUCAACACUCUCUUUGGAGGCUUACGUUCCCUUAGUAGUGCCUACUCAGCGUGGCUCAAAGUCCCUUUCCAGGACCUUCACACUAACUGUCCGUCAGUGGUGGAACGAACUUCCGACUUCAAUCCGGACCGCAGAAUCUGUCACUGUCUUCAAAAAACAGCUAAAGUCCCACCUCUUCCGUGAGCACGUAACGAACCCCUAAAAUGUCAACCCCAAUAAACCUU